UCCAUAAGUGCGAUGGUAUUGAUUAUUUUCGUUAAUAAGAAGUUAUCGAUUAUUACAUGUUUAUGAGCUUGUUAAAUCGGUUUUGUAUUUUUGAUAAUUAAUUAGUGUGCAUGUUUUAUAUUUUUCUCUUUUUCUUCUUCUUAUUCUUCUUCUUCAAGAGGAUCAAUUUUGUCAAAUAAUAUAAUUUCUAAGAUGUCUACCAAUAACGUUGGAAAUGGGAAUCAUGUAGCACCGAUAGUAUCGAACACGAUCGAUGAUAAAAUUCGCGAUGUAGAGAGGGGCAAGGUCCAUAGAAGAGUAGGGGAAUCAUUGAACCGAUCCCAGUCAACGCCGAUGACAGCAGCAACCACAUCAGUACAUUCAGUUCAGAAUAUAAACCAGGUGAUAGUCAAUCUUGGUGAGGAGAAAGAGGAAGAAGAAAAACAAGCAGAAUUGGUGGACGUUGUUACGUUAUCCAGUAAUAAAAAAGAUACAUUGGAAGAAGACGACAAAACGACACGUGGCGAAUGUAGAACUGCAACAGCAGCAGCAGCAUCAACAACAACAACAACAAACCGUUGUCAAAGAAUCAAACGUUUUCUUCGACAACUAAUCCUAGUUAUGUUGUUAAUAACAUUUGUCGCUGCUUUAUUGGCCUUUUUGACUCUUUACAUCGGUCACAUGUUUCUUCUUCAACUUUUUGUCGUUGUAAUUGUUGCAUACUUCGUUGCCGGAGGUCGUCUAAAAUGGUUCUAUGUUUUCUUUCGUACAAUACCUCGUGAUUCCAAAGCUUUACAAAGAUUUCUUAAACUUCUUUGGUUAAUUCGUGGUCAUGAAAAAAAUAAUAGAAGUGUUGUUGAUAUAUUUCGACAACACGUUGCUCGGCAUCCGAACAAAGUAUGCAUUAUAUUUGAAGAUCAAGAAUGGACGUUUCAGCAAUUGGAAGAUUUUAGUAACAAAGUAGCAACUACCUUUAAAAAUCAUGGUUAUCGGAAAGGAGAUGUGGUGGCAUUGAUGUUGGAAAAUCGGCCUGAUUUUGUUGGAAUUUGGCUUGGUUUGAGUAAAAUAGGCGUAAUAACGUCAUUGAUUAAUAUUAAUCUGAAAAAAUUGUCUCUCUUACAUAGCAUCGAUGUUGCCAAUUGUCAAGCAUUAAUUUAUAGUUGUGAAUUUACAGAAGUCGUUGCGGAUAUUGCUAGCUCGCUCAAUGCUAAUGUGGCACUUUAUAAAUAUGGAACUGAGAUAAUGACUGAAUCUAUGCAUUUGAAAGCAAAAAAUCUAACGAAUAUUUUAUCGGAAGUUUCUACAUUGCCGCCAGUACAGCAAGACAAAAUAUCCUAUCAUGAUAAUUUAUUGUAUAUUUAUACUAGUGGAACAACUGGUCUUCCUAAAGCUGCUUUCAUAACUAAUUCAAGAUUUAUAUUCAUCGCUAGUGGAAUUAAUAUUGUAGCUAAUAUGAAAUCAUCUGACAUAUUCUAUACGCCGUUACCUUUAUAUCAUACCGCAGGUGGUGUCAUGACAAUGGGUCAAGCUCUAUUACACGGAAAUACCGUUGUGAUUAGAAAGAAAUUUUCUGCCAGUGCUUAUUUCAACGAUUGCAUCAAAUAUAAAUGCACGAUUGCACAGUACAUAGGUGAAAUGUGUCGUUACAUUUUGGCAGUACCAGCUAGACCCGAAGACAAACAACACAAUCUUCGAAUGAUAUUUGGUAAUGGACUUAGACCACAAAUAUGGCGUCAAUUUGUAGAACGAUUUAAUAUACCUCAAAUUGUUGAAUUUUAUGGUGCGACCGAGGGUAAUGCAAAUAUCGUAAACAUCGAUAAUACUGUUGGAGCUAUAGGAUUCAUGUCACGAAUCGCUCCAUCGGCAUAUCCAAUAUCUAUUAUUAAAGUUAAUGAAGAAGGCGAACCAAUAAGAAAUGCUAAAGGAUUGUGUCAAGUUUGUGAACCUAACGAACCUGGUGUUUUUAUUGGAAAAAUAAUACCUAACAACCCGAGUAGAGCAUUUUUGGGAUACGUGGAUAAGAAAGCAUCUGAUAACAAAAUUGUACGAGAUGUUUUCACUAAGGGUGACUCUGCCUUUUUAUCUGGUGAUAUUCUGAUAUCAGACGAAUUAGGUUAUCUUUAUUUCAAAGAUAGAACGGGAGAUACGUUUAGAUGGAAAGGAGAAAAUGUUUCAACGUCCGAAGUUGAGGCUAUCAUUAGUAAUUUAAUAAACUAUAAUGAUUGUAUAGUUUACGGUGUUGAGGUUCAUGGUUCAGAAGGAAGAGCUGGUAUGGCUGCAAUUUGUGAUCAAAAUAAUACGUUAAAUCUAAAACAAUUAUCAGCCGAUAUUAAAGAUCAAUUACCAUUCUAUGCCAGGCCUCUGUUUCUUCGAAUAUUGUCGAAAGUUGAUCUCACGGGUACAUUUAAAUUAAAAAAAAAGGAUUUACAAGAUGACGGUUAUGAUCCCAAAAGAAUACAAGAUAAAUUGUAUUAUUUGGAUUCAAAAUUAGGAUAUCAAGAGUUAACGAAUGAAAUAUUUGAUCAAAUUCAAGAAGGAAAAAUUAAAUUAUAAAAUUAUUUGAACAAAUGAUAUUAAACAUCUCUAGCUUGUUGAAUGAAAUAUUAUCUGCAAAGUGUGUAAAUGCUCUUCUAUAUAUGCUACAACAAUGAGUGCAUUUUGACUGUAAUAAAUCUUUCUAUUUAUUAUUUUCCGCACAAAUGGGGAGAACGUUAAACAAAUCACUCUUGUUCUUCCUAAAUUUAGAGAAGAGAAUGAGAAUGAGAAAGAGAGAGAGAGAAAGAGAGACAUUUUUGCUUAUUUAUAUUUGUAUAUAGCAAUUUAAUUUGAAUGAAAAAAUACAAUUUAUCAAAAAAAAAAGAAAAAAAACAACCUCAAAAGCGUAUCAAUAGCUUAUCAAAGUGACCUUAUUAAGGUCUAUUAUUUUUUUAUCCUGAAUAGCAGUACUAGCAUUUAUUUAUAAAAUAUUUCUUACGAUGGGGUGUAUUUAUAUAUGGUGUAUAUUUACGGCAGAUUAUAAUGUGAUGACAACUUUUAAUUGUUACUUGUUACUUUUUAGAAUAAAAAUUUUCUAUUUUAA